AUGCGCCUGGUUCAGGCACUACACUUAAAACGCGAUUCAGCGGCUUCUAAAUAUGGUAUAUGCAAGAUUGUUUCUCCUUUGAGUGCUUCAGUACCUGCUGGGGUUGUUUUAAUGAAGGAGAAAGCAGGAUUCAAGUUUACGACUAGAGUGCAGCCUCUUCGCCUUGCUGAAUGGGAUUCUGAAGAUAAAGUCACAUUUUUAUGA